AUGGCGGAGGCGAUGAUGGACGAGAGUCAGUCUCAACAUCAACAAAAACAACAAGCGCAGACACAGACACAGACACAGCCGCCAUCUACAAAAAGAAAAGCCGAGUCGAGUGAUCACCGGGAUCGCAGCAACGUGAUCCAUUUUACGUCACGCAAUCCGCUGUGGACGUAUCUCAAGCUGCAAUUAAUCACGCACCCACUCUCAUUAUCAGCCGCGACCCUAGACGCCGUCACAGCGCGGACAUAUCUCACCUCCGCCCUGUCGCAAUUCCUUGGAUUAACCGGCACCGCGAUCCCGAUCGACAUCCUCAAGAUCGAAAAGGCGCGUCGCGGGGAUGUCUUCAUGUGGAUCCGCGUGCCGCGCGAGGACGUUGCCGCUGUUGUAUCGGCGCUAAGCUCGUGGAUUGGUGGUAGCACUAGCACCAGCACUACCAGCAGCACCAGCAGUGCCGGCAUCGGUGUCGGCGACGGCGGCAAUGUCGCGUGGAGGGUGUGCGCAAAGGGGAAUUUCCUUGGUGCGCUUGUGCAUGGUUCGGGGAUUGGCUUAACCACGGGACCGCGCGCCCAGGGUCUGGCUGAUUUUGAGAAAGAAAAAGUUACAUUACGCUGGUCGAGAUGUCACGGCACACGACAGGAAAGCGCUGAUCAGUCGAAACUGUGUAUGUAG